UUGAUGACUGCGUCGAAGGUCGCAUCGGCUGCUGCACUGUCCACGGGGUGUGUAUAAAAGGACAGAAACACGACAUUAUUAUUAACAUUCGCUUGUGAAGGUAUCUCAACAGAUCAACAUGAAGUGCCUGUUUGUCUUCGCCCUCGUCUUCGUGGCAUUCGCCAGUUCCCAGAUCCUGGUGUCGUCAGGCUUGUACGGCGUACCUGGGGUAUUGCCUGGCAUAUUGCCUGCUGCAUUGCCUGCCCCCCAGGCAGGAUAUGUAGCUGCCACCCGAGGCUCCCUCCAUGUGGUACCUGGCAAUAUACCAAUUGCCAGCCAACAUCUUAACCUGGCACCUGCUCCAGGAACCAUUUAAAUGCUAACAUUUUAUCACUCUGUGUUUUUGCUCUCUGGAUCCUGUGUAUAAACUUGCCUAGAAAUAAAGUAAGUCCUUCUCGCUCAGUUUCAUUCUGA